ACAAACCGAGUGUCAAAAUUAGAGACCGUGAAAAAGAAAAAAGAAAAAAAAGAAAUGAAUGGGAACAAAAUAAACGCAGUGUUCUACGCAGAGUCGUAUCAUCCGAUCCAAGCAGGAAGCAUUGACGGCACCGAUAUUCUCCCUCAUGACAACGCCAUUUACAGAGCCCACCUCUGCGCCUCUGCUGGCCUCUAUGACCCCUUCGGCGAUCCCAAGGUCAUCGGAGACCCUUACUGCACCGUCUUCGUAGGCCGCCUCUCUCGCCACACCUCCGAAGACACUCUUCGCGAGGCUAUGAGCGAGUAUGGGCGGGUGAAGAACUUGCGCUUGGUCAGGCAUAUAGUAACUGGUGCCUCACGUGGUUAUGCUUUUGUUGAAUAUGAAACUGAGAGAGAAAUGCGGACUGCAUACAAGGUGCCGCAACAAUUUUGCAACUUCAACAUUCUCAUUCAUCAUUGCUUUGUCAUUCAACUCAAUGAUGCUCACCAUACUAUGAUUGAUGAUUGUAAAAUUAUAGUUGAUUACUACCGACAACAAUUGAUGCCAGGGUGGAUUCCAAGAAGGUUAGGAGGGGGUCUUGGUGGUGAGAAGGAGUCAGGACAACUGCGUUUUGGAGGACGAGAAAAACCAUUUCGAGCUCCUCUGAAACCAAUCCCAUUUGAUGAUUUGAAGAGGCUUGGAAUUCCACCUCCACCAGAGGGAAGAUACAUGUCACGUUUUCAGGACCCAUCCCCUCCAAGAAGAGAAAGGAAUUCAGUAGACAGAGAAGGAUCUCAAAAGAGAGAUGUGCAAGAUCGCACUCACAAAAGGAGUUUUGUGGAUGGUGAAGAUCGAUAUCACAAAAGGAGCUCUUUGGAUCAAGAAGACCACUCUCAUAAAUGGAGCUCUGUGGAGAGGGAUGAACAUUAUAGCGAAAGGACCUCUGUGGAUAGAUAUCACAAAAGGAGCUCUUUGGAUCAAGAUGAGCACUCUCAUAAAUGGAGUUCUGUGGAGAGGGAAGAACAUUAUAGUGAAAGGACCUCUGUGGAUAGAGAUGAUCGUUCUCACAAUAUGAGCUCCUCUAGGAGGGAAGAACGGCAUCACAAAAGGAGCUCCUCAAGCAGAAGUCACAAAAGGAGCUCGAAGGAUAGGGAUGAACGCACUCACAAGAGCCACAAACACAGUGAUCAUUCCCCUCGACAUGAGAGGAGGUCAACUAGUUGUGAUCUUUCCUCCGAUAUGUCAAAGGUUGGUUAAUGCACAUGAGAGAGAGAGAGAGAGAGAGAGAAUCAUGUAGAUUAAAUAGAAUAUCUUUAAUGGAUUUUCCCCAAUGGCAAAUGUUUCCUCCCUUCUCUUCCAUGUACGGAUUUUUCUUCAAAUGUAAAUUUCAUUAUUUCUUAUUUGUUUUUAUUUUAAACUCUGCCUUGCGCAUGUUUUGUAAAUGAAAAAUUGCAACUA